ACCGAUAGCGCCCGCGCGGCUGCCUGCCAAUACUACGAGCACGAGCUGAAUAAAGCAGAUUAUAUACUCGCCUCAUUGUCCUCUUCUUUACACAGGAAAAUCGCCCUGGUUAUUAUACUUACCAGAGCGGGCUUGGAUCUCGACCCGACCGCUCUGAAAAGAUUAAGAAUCACCGUGCCGAAGCUGGGCCUGAUACCGUGGGUGGUGGAGGCCACGGUGGUGGCUGUGAUGACGAGAUACCUCUUGGAUUUGCCCUGGGUGUGGGGCUUCCUCCUCGGAUCUGUCAUAGCGGCUGUCUCACCGGCCGUCGUGGUACCCUGCCUUUUCAGGCUACGUGCCAAAGGCUACGGAGUCGCCAAGGGCAUUCCGACGCUGAUCAUUGCAGUGGCCGGGAUCGACGAUGCAGCAUCCGUGGCGGUUUACGGCAUCGUGAAGAGCGUCAUGUUUUCUCAGGAUGCGUUGUGGUACCAGAUCCUUCAGGGGCCCAUCGCGAUUAUCGGCGGUCUGGGAUUCGGCAUCAUGUGGGGUUGGUUGGCCAAGUACGUGCCGGAAAAGGGCGAUCCCUUCCUGGUGCCUCUAAGAGUGCUGAUGUUGCUCGGGGGUGGAUUGCUGGCGAUAUUCGGCAGCGAGGCAAUCGAGCUCGGUGGCGCCGGGCCGCUCGCGGUCGUGGCCGCAGCCUUCGUCAGCUGCUACUUUUGGCAGCAAGAGGGCUGGGAGGUGGACGACAAUCCAGUGGCCACGUCUUUCGAGAUCUUCUGGAUGAUAUUCGAACCGAUCUUAUUCGGUGUUACCGGCACGCAGAUCAAGAUCAGCGAGCUCGAAGGGAAAACCGUUUACCUCGGAUUAGCUUGCUUGGUUACCGGUAUCGUGAUCCGUAUCGUAGUGACGAUCCUGGUCGGGAUCGGUUCCAAGCUUAAUCUCAAGGAGAAGGUGUUCAUCGCCUUCGCGUGGAUGUCUAAGGCAACCGUGCAGGCGGCUCUGGGGCCCGUCACCCUCGACGAGGUCAACAAGGACGAUCAGCAACAGGUCGAGUAUGCCGAGACAUUACUGAUGAUGUGCGUGCUCUCGGUGCUCCUCACCGCGCCGACGGGUGCCAUCAUCAUCUCGCUCGGGGGUCCGAAGCUGCUGACGAAGACCACAGCGCCGGUCAGCCCGCCGGAAGCUUGGAAAACGCGCAGGCCGUCGAUCCGCGACAUCUCGAUCAUCAACGAGGACCCGGACCUCGAGGAGACCGCGGACGAGAGGAAGCCCUGACGAUCGCACUUAGUUCGCAUUCAAAGUUCACAAUCCGACAAGACCGAGUCUGCCAACGUCGUCCCCUGGCGUCUCGAGAGUGCCUGAGCGUACCUUUUAUUUUAGCUACCCGAGGCAUGACUUAACGUCCACAAGCUAUAUCUAUAUAUCGAUCGCUGAUGAGAUAUUAAGAUCGGCCAUGAUUAGGAUUAAUAUCUGAGGAUUAAAGUUGGCCGACUUAUAUUCAGGUGCUCGCGAUCGAAAGUGAAGUAACCGAAGUAGUGAUAUCCCGGCGAUGAUAUCACAACACUCGACAUUUUUAUACUGAACUAUGUGCGGAAGAGUGAUUUUACCGAGCCCGACGAUAAAUCGUCGACAUUAUAUAUAAUCGUUUUAUCAUUUUAAGUGGAAAACCGAUCCGAAUUUAAGCGAUCCACAUAAAAAUUUCUCGUAUGAAAAUGAAAAGCCAGUCGACGAUUGGCCACAUUUUGCAUAUCACAAA